GCGAGACACCGAUCGGUGAGCCUCGGUGAGAAAUUUAGACUUGAGUCACCUUUAGCUUUCGGGCUCAGGGCCCGUGUCCCACCUCUAUCUGCCCUUUUUGCACCAACAAAGCACCUCGACGCACCGUUCUUCCCGCGCCUGACGAAAUGUCGCACAAGGGGAAGAACAGCGCUGGCUCGUCCAAGGGCAGGAAACCCACCAAGGUUGGCGGCGGCGAGAGCAAGACCGAGGAGGUUCUGCAGGCUGUGGUCCUCGCCGACUCGUUCCAAGAUCGAUUCAAGCCCUUUACCGUCGAGAAGCCAAGAUGUCUUCUGCCCCUCGCCAACACGCCCCUCAUCGAUUACACGCUCGAGUUUCUGGCCAUGAAUGGCGUUGACGAGGUGUACAUCUACUGCGGUGCCCACACGGAUCAGGUCGAAGAUUACAUCAACCGGUCUCGCUGGUCGCCGUCCUCGCGAUCGUGUCCCUUUUCGGUCGUGCAGUUCGUUAGGGUGUCCGAUGCGCGGUCCGUCGGCGACGUCCUGCGCGACAUGGACAAGCGUUCCCUUGUAGACGGCGACUUUAUCCUUGUGCAUGGAGACCUCGUGUCAAACAUCAUUCUGGAUCGUGCCCUCGCGGCGCACCGAAAGCGGAGGGAGGCCAGCGCCGCCAACAUCAUGACGACGGUCCUCCGCAGCGGCGGCCCCGGCGAACACCGGACCAAGACCAACGGCAUCACGCCAAUCUUCGUCGUCGACACCAAGACGCAGCGGCUGUUGCAUUACGACGAGAUGAACCCACUACAGAGCGACCAUUACCUGGCCCUGGACCCCGCAAUCGCCGACGAGCUGUCCACCGAGUUCGAGGUGCGGUCAGAUCUGAUCGACGCGCAGGUCGACAUCUGCACGCCCGAGGUGCUGGCCUUGUGGUCCGAAAGCUUUGAUUACGAGCUGCCGCGAAGAAACUUCCUGCACGGAGUUCUGAAAGACUGGGAGCUGAACGGCAAGAUGAUCUACGCCGAGAUCCUGGAGGACGGCUACGCGGCCCGGGCCAGCAACCUCCAGCAGUACGACGCCAUCAGCCGCGACGUUCUCGGCCGGUGGGCGGCUCCGUUUAUCCCGGAAGACAAUCUGGUGCCCAGGCAGACCUACCAGCGACACGCCAAUGGCCUCGUGAUGGAGGAGAGCGUGUCGCACGCGCACGACACCCGCCUGACCGACACCAUCAUUGGACGGGACACGACCAUUGGAUCCGGGAGCAGUAUCUCACAUAGCGUCAUUGGCAAGGGCUGCAAGAUUGGCGCGGACGUGGUGAUCAAGAACUCGUACAUCUGGGACAAUGCCAUAAUCGAGGACGGCGCCAGGAUAUCAUCGUCCAUCCUGGCAGACUCCGUGUCCAUCGGCAAGAAGUGCAACAUCCCCAGCGGAUCCCUCAUCUCCCACAGGGUGCGGAUAAGCGACGGCACCUCACUCGACAAGACUGCCGUGCUUUCCACAAUCACUGCCGAUGGGGCGGCCGUCGCAAAGGACACGAAUCUCCUCGGCCCGGACACCAACGCCGCCCCCUUCUUCGACCCAGAAGACGACGACCUGGACGAGGAGGACCCAGCUCGCCUUCAAAAGUCUCUGAUCUACUCGCUCGCCGAGUUCAACCUCUCCACAUCCUCCAUCUCGACGCUGUCGUCGGCCGUGCUCACCGAUGACGAGGACGACCCCAACUUCCUGGGCGCCUCCGCCGCCGCCGGGUCGUCGCGCUCGCGCCUGUCGUCGUUUGCCUCGGACGACUCAGGCGGGAGGCUCUCGUUCCACGCCGACGCCGUGCACGGGCUCGUCGACGCGCUGCGCGCCGACUCGGGCGACUUUGACUCGGCCAAGCUCGAGUUCAUGGGCCUGCGCCUCGCCAACGACGCCUCCGACGCCAUGAUGCGCAAGGCCGUCGCCACGGCGUUUGCCCGCCGCGCCGCCGAGCUGCUCGCCCCGGAGCACGGCGGCCUCGAGCCCAGCAAGGCUGCCGAGCGCGCCCUCACCGCCCGCCCCGGCGCCGCAAAGUUCGUCGCCGAGGUCGGCGUCGGUGGCGGCGGCGAGUUCGAGCAAGUAGAGUUUGCUCUCGCCCUCCAGCGCGCCCUGCAGAGCUACAACGUCAAGAGUGGUGGCAGCAGUGCGGAUCAGGGAAGCAGCAGCAGCAGCAGCAGCAGCAUCAGCAGGACGGGCACGCUCCUCGCGGCGCUCCUCCAGCAGCUCUACUCGCUCGACAUCCUCGAGGAGGAGGGCAUCCUCGGCUGGUGGGAGGACGAGCGGGCCGUCGACGGCGAGGGCAUGGCCGCGCUCAAGGACAAGUGCAAGGUGCUGGUCGAGUGGCUGGAGAACGCCGAGGAAGAGGACGAGGACGACAGCGACGAGGAGGAGGAGAGCGACAACGAGUAAGUAGCAGUCGACCUCGAGCGUACGUAGACACAUAAUGGUCCAGCAAGCAGCAAGCUGGACGACAACAAUGCAAAACAAAUAAAGGUCAAACUUG